GGGCGGGGCGUGCGCGGGCUUGAUUUGGGGCCGCGGCGGGAGCCGGAGUCCCCCCGUCACUCGAGUGCGCAGGCGCCGGGCGGUUACCGGUCUCGCCAUGGAGCGGAAAGUGCUCGCGCUCCAGGCCCGCAAGAAGAGGACCAAGGCCAAGAAGGACAAAGCCCAAAGGAAACCUGAUACUCAGCACAGAGGCUCUGCGCCCCACUCUGAGAGUGAUAUACCAGAGCAAGAGGAGGAGAUUCUGGGAUCUGAUGAUGAUGAGCAAGAAGAUCCUAACGACUACUGUAAAGGAGGUUAUCAUCUUGUGAAAAUUGGAGAUCUGUUCAAUGGGAGAUACCAUGUGAUCCGAAAAUUGGGCUGGGGACACUUUUCGACAGUGUGGUUGUCAUGGGAUAUUCAGGGGAAGAAGUUUGUAGCAAUGAAAGUAGUUAAAAGUGCUGAACAUUAUACUGAAACAGCACUUGAUGAAAUCCGGCUGCUGAAAUCAGUUCGCAACUCAGACCCUAAUGAUCCAAAUAGAGAAAUGGUUGUUCAACUGCUAGAUGACUUUAAAAUAUCCGGAGUUAAUGGAACACAUAUCUGCAUGGUAUUUGAAGUAUUGGGGCAUCACUUGCUCAAGUGGAUCAUCAAGUCCAAUUAUCAAGGACUUCCAUUGCCUUGUGUCAAAAAAAUUAUUCAGCAAGUGUUGCAGGGUUUGGACUAUUUACACACCAAGUGCCGUAUCAUACACACCGACAUCAAGCCAGAGAACAUCUUACUGUCCGUGAACGAGCAGUACAUCCGGAGGCUGGCCGCGGAAGCGACCGAAUGGCAGCGCUCUGGCGCGCCCCCUCCAUCGGGAUCCGCAGUUAGUACUGCACCCCAGCCUAAACCAGCUGACAAAAUGUCAAAGAAUAAGAAGAAGAAAUUGAAGAAGAAGCAGAAACGCCAGGCAGAAUUACUAGAGAAGCGAAUGCAGGAAAUUGAGGAAAUGGAGAAAGAGUCUGGCCCUGGGCAAAAAAGACCCAACAAGCAAGAAGAAUCAGAGAGUCCUGUUGAAAGACCCUUGAAAGAGAACCCACCUAAUAAAAUGACCCAAGAAAAACUUGAAGAGUCACAUACCAUUGGCCAGGAUCACUCACUCACCCCACUCGGUGUAGAGGGUGGCGCAGGAGAAAUUAACUGCAAUGGAGUAAUUGAAGUCGUUAAUUACACUGAGAACAAUAACAAAGAAACAAUGAUGCUUAAAGAGGAUCUCCAUAAUGCUAAUGACUGUGGUGUCCAAAACUUGAAGCAGGAACCUAACUUUGUCAACUCCCAAAACGGAGAUAGCAGAUCUCAAGACACAGACGCUUGUGCAUUGCUAGCUUCUGAGGUGCCACCAGACACCAUGGUCUGCCAGUCUCCAGCCAAUGUAGAUCAGUCGUUUUGUGGACAGGACAUUAGCCAACUCCAGGAGAGCAUUCGGUCAGAGAUGCCCUGUGAAGAUGAGCAGGAGCGGAACGGCCCCGUGGAUAACAAAGGGAAAUCUGCUGCUGGAAAUUUUCUUGUUAAUCCCCUCGAGCCAAAAAAUGCGGAUAAGCUCAAAGUAAAGAUCGCCGACCUUGGGAAUGCCUGCUGGGUGCACAAACACUUCACUGAAGAUAUUCAAACCCGGCAGUACCGCUCCCUGGAGGUCCUGAUUGGGUCUGGCUACAACACCCCUGCCGACAUCUGGAGCACUGCGUGCAUGGCCUUUGAGCUGGCGACAGGGGACUACCUGUUCGAGCCCCACUCGGGGGAAGAAUACACCCGGGACGAAGAUCACAUUGCAUUGAUCAUAGAACUUCUGGGGAAGGUGCCUCGCAAGCUCAUUGUGGCAGGAAAAUAUUCCAAGGAAUUUUUCACCAAAAAAGGUGACCUGAAACACAUCACGAAACUGAAACCCUGGGGCCUUUUUGAGGUCCUGGUGGAGAAGUAUGAGUGGUCUCAGGAAGAGGCAGCCGGCUUCACGGAUUUCUUACUGCCCAUGUUGGAGCUGAUCCCCGAGAAGAGAGCCACCGCCGCCGACUGUCUCCGGCACCCGUGGCUCAACUCGUAAGGCCUGCCCGGCGCAGCUGCAGAGACCUCCGCCGGCCGCGGCCCGCCCCUCUGCUCUUGCCUGUGUCCCUCUUCAGGGUGAAGCUCUCCUCAAGGGUUUCUAGAUUGUUGGGGUUUUGGUUUUUUUUUUUUCCUUUUAAUCUAGCCUGUUCAUUUGGGGGGUGCUUACUUGACACUGUGGAGAUUUCUCCCACGGCCCUGGGGCGCAUCCUAGGUGAAUCUGGCCUUGAUCGGGCUCCGCCAAAGACUAAGGUUCUGAAAUGUGAAACAAUCUCUCGCCCUGUGCCCUGUCUUUGCAUUAGGACAUCCUUUCAAUUAUGCGCCUGCGUCCUUUUUCAGAGAGCUCUAAGGCUUGUGUGAGCGCGUCCCAGCGCCAGCGUGAGGCAGAGACGGGGAGAAGACUGGCGCUUCCUGCACAGCAGGGGCAUUAAACGUGCUGCGUCCAGGCUGCACCAUCCUCCUGGAUUGGCUCUCUCGCUCUCUCUAUCCACAUUCUCUCCUGCCACUGUCUUUGUAAAUGCGCUGUAGAAACAUCCAACGUGGGUAGUGUUUUAUCACUGUUCAGAGCACCGUCAAAUUCCUUUCAUCCCUUAAUAACUCCGUAAGAUCCGUGAAUCUUCAGUCUGAUUUUUUUUUUUUUUGAUGGUAACAAGAACAAAGCCAUUGGCUAGUGAUUCCCUCAGAGCCACAGUUGUCGGGCAAAAGGGUCCUUUCCCGGGAGUUCCCUGUCUGCCUGCGACAGCAGCUCCUCGAUGGGCGUCUCUGGUGUGAGAGUCCUUGCCUGGCACUUGACUCGGCACCUGAGUCUGUUGCCCCGUGACUGAAGAAUCCGAGGCAGCUUCUGGAAGGCAGCCUGGGCUGCAGAGAUUUCCUGCCCGAGAGGCAGAUGCCGUGGCAUUUCCUGUUCUUCCCCGCACAGCCCCCCCCAUCUUGGGACCCGAGAGGCGGCUCGGAGUGGGGCCCUUCCUUGCACGGUGAGGCUCUGCUUCGGAUCUGCCAGCCCCGCAGCAAAAGGAAACAAAAUCAGUCCCCUGCUUUUUUUUUUUUUUUAAAGCAGCGUUCUUUAUUUUUUACCCCCAAUCUUGUCUUAAAGUUUGGCCUUGGAGCACUUUCCCUCUCUGAUUUCUUCAGAGGCUUCAGGUCUUAAAAUCCCCAAAUAAAAGAACCAAGGGAGGGGUAGGGUGGCCCUUUUUUUUUUAAAUGAGAGUUGCUGGUGUUUUUUUUUGUGUGGGGAGGAUUGGGGUCCCCCCCUUUUGCGUGUGUGUGUGUGUGUGUGUGUGUGUGUGUGUGUGUGUGCGUGCGCGCGCACGUGCGAGUGCGUGUAUCUGUGAGUAUGUGUGUUUUGGGGUGGACACGGAUUUUUUUGUUUCUUUUGUUCUUUGUUGUUUUUAGGAUUAGCCAUUCUCUGCUGCUAUAUUCUAUGAUGUCAGAUUUAAACUGCAAUUUUGAGAUGACUGAGUUGUACUUGAGACUUUUUUUUUUUUUUAAUGAGAAAUGGCUUUGUAAAUUUUCAUUUUGGGGUAUACCUGUUCUAGCUUUGCCCCCGACAUUACAUACUUCUUCCAUCUUAAAAGGCAAAAGAGGGGAAAGAUUAGGGUCCCAGUAGCUCUUUGAGCAUGGACCAAGCGGGCCUGGGGGAUCGCCGCGUUCUCCAGAAGCGGCUGCGAGACGGAUUUACAGAGCACCAAGGAGCGGCCGCGUGGGGCUCUUGCUUGCAAAGCCGCCCGCCCUGGAGACGGUGAGGGAGCUGCCAUCCUACUGUGAGAGAUGGGAAUCAGUUUUCUGUCCUCUGUCCACCGACAGUGGCAGAGGCAGACGCGGUGCCGUCCAUGAUGCAAUCCAGUGAGAACUGACCGUGCUGCCCCGAGCGCUGCGCACCAGCCAUUCCUCGGACUCUGAUCGGGCGGUUCCGAAAUCAGACAUGUUCCUGUAGAAAGAAUCUUAGGUGAGGUUGACUAUGCACCUAUCACGAAAAAAGCAUAGAUUGUACCAAACAACGGCAGGGAAAAUCCUUCAGCAAUUCUAACCCCACUUUGGGCUUUCAACGGUAUAUACGUACAUCUAAAGCAAUAGCCGACGAGAACGGAAUCCUUUUCUAUACUGUAAAAUCACAAUUGUGGAAUUAAAAGAAUUGUGAUAUUAAGGUGAAAUAACCAAAAUGCACACACAUGCACGCACACACAGACCCAUUUUAACAAUUGAUAUGGAAAGGAGUUUUAAUAAGAGAGAACCUGUUACUUCAUUUUGGAAAUGUUUACGCAUCAAAUAAGGGCUUUUUUCCCCCCUAUUAUUUAAGGAGCCAGAUAAAUUAGAAGCCGUAGAAAGAGGCAGCUAUGAAUUUGACCUUCCAAGUACCCCGUGUACCUUUAUUGAACUUAAUUAUAUCGUCAAAUUGCCACAAUCUCACUAAAGGAUUUCUAUUUGCUGUCAGUUAGAAAUAAAAUCCCAAAUACAUUUUUAUUCUUUCUACUGGGCACAUUGUCUGUUUUCUUUGUAAAUGCAGUACAAUAAACAGAUUAUUUAAUAACGUG